AUGUUAACCAGAGCCUUGGCCGGUGAGCCCAUUGCCAUCAUUGGCACCGGAUGCCGAUUGCCAGGGGGGGCUUCAUCCCCUUCUCGCCUCUGGGACCUACUCAAGAGUCCACGGGUAGUGGCAUCCCAGGCCCCAAGCUCUCGAUUUGACAUGAAUUCCUUCUAUCAUGAAGACCCUAGCUACCCAGGCACAACCAAUACCAAAGAAGCCUACUAUCUCUCCGACGACCCCCAUCCAUUCGACGCGUCCUUUUUCAAUAUCUCCGCUGCCGAGGCGGAAAGCAUUGAUCCGCAGCAGAGACAGCUGUUGGAGACUGUGUACGAGUCCUUGGAAGCUGCAGGUCUUCGCCUGGAUACUCUCCAGGGCUCAUCUACUGGUAUUUUCUGCGGAGUCAUGAGCAACGACUGGGGAGAGCUGCUUUCAGUAGACUACAAGAACCUUCCUCAGUACAUGGCCACGGGAGCCGCACGAAGUAUCAUUGCAAACCGCGUCUCCUACUUCUUUGACUGGCAUGGCCCGUCGAUUGUCGUCGAUACUGCGUGUUCGUCAAGUAUGGUUGCUUUACACCAUGCAGUUACCGCUUUGCAGCAGCAGGAAUGCUCUCUGGCCCUCGCAGCAGGCACAAACCUCAUUCAAGCGCCCAACAUAUUCGUCUCCACAACCAAAAUCCAGAUGCUUUCUCCAACAGGGAAGAGUCGAAUGUGGGAUGCAGAGGCAGAUGGCUACGCUCGGGGGGAAGGAGUGAUUUCCAUAGUCUUGAAAAGGCUGCGCGACGCCUUGGCGGAUGGUGACUCUGUUGAAUGCAUUAUCAGAGCAACAGCAACCAACCAAGACGGACGGACGAUGGGGCUGACGAUGCCUUCAAGUGUGUCUCAGCUGCAGCUCAUCAAAGAUACUUACGCGCGUGCGGGCCUCAAUCCAUUGCGAUACGAGGAUCGUUGCCAGUACUUUGAGGCCCAUGGCACAGGCACUCUUGCUGGAGACCCCCAAGAGGCGUCGGCUAUUCAUCAUGCUUUCUUUGGGUCUCCUACUCUGGAUACUGCUGUUGAUAACAGUAAUGGUUUCCUUCCUGAUACACCCAAGACGGAGGGUUCAGAUAAGAGGUCUUCUAAUCAAGAUGAAAUCCUGCUGGUUGGCUCUAUCAAAACUGUCAUUGGUCACACCGAAGGCACUGCCGGGCUAGCGGGUGUCAUGAAGGCAUGUUUAAGCCUGCAAAAUGGCUACAUUGUGCCGAACCUCUUAUUCAAUAAAUUGAAUCCCGAAUUGGAGCCAUUCGCACAACACUUGAACUUGGUUACCAAACUGACGCCGUGGCCGUCCUUGCCCCCGGGUGUGCCACGUCGAGUGUCAGUCAAUUCAUUUGGAUUCGGCGGUUCAAAUGCUCAUGCAAUACUUGAAAGCUACGGGCCUGAUUCCAGUCAAAACAGAAUCACCAAAAAGGCGAUUCCCUGCCCCAUUACACCACAUGUUCCAGUUAUUCCAUUUGUGUUCUCAGCGGCUUCAGAGCGGUCCCUUGUUGCUGUUCUGCGCUGCUACAUCAAAUAUCUGAACGAAACCCCUACCGUGGAUCUUGUCAAUUUUGCAAAAUCUCUUCUUCUUCAUCGCUCAGCCUUAAAAUUUAGGAUGAGCAUCUGGGCUUCUAGCAUAGACGCCCUCCGCGUUCAGAUAGAAGAUGAGAUUGAUGCAAUACGCACGGGAAAGUCCGUACGGGUCAGCACUCGCCGAUCUCCUAGGCAGCCGCAAGUACUAGGAGUCUUUACUGGACAGGGUGCCCAGUGGGCUAUGAUGGGAUGGGACCUGAUUGAAAUUUCCCCAGAAGCGCGAAGAUGGUUGGAUGAAAUGCAAAAUGGCUUGGAUACGCUUCCAGCAAAGUACAGGCCGCCUUUCUCUAUUAUUGAAGAACUGUCCGACCCUACCGCUGCAUUGGGGGAUUCCAGACUAUCGCAGCCACUCUGCACUGCCCUUCAAAUCGUUCUUGUGAAUUUUUUGAAGAGUAUUGGGGUCUCAUUUGCAUCCGUGGUUGGCCACUCCUCUGGCGAGAUUGCCGCUGCCUAUGCUGCAGGAGUCUUAACCUCUACGGAUGCUAUUAGAGUUGCACAUUUGCGAGGCUUUGUGACGUCUAUGUCUGGCGCAAAAAAUGGUCAGCCAGGUGCAAUGCUCGCUGCAGGACUUUCUGCAGACAAAGCCGUGGCUCUUUGUGCAGGCUUUGAUGGCAGGGUCACGCUUGCUGCAAGCAAUACGCCAUCACUUGUGACGUUAUCUGGCGAUUUCGAUGCCAUUCAGAGUUUGGAGAAAAUGCUAAAUGAUGGAGAGAGAUUCUGUCGUCUGCUUCGGGUGAAUACGGCAUAUCACUCCCAUCACAUGUAUCCUUGCUCGGGGCCGUAUCUGAGGGCAUUAGAGGAGUGCGGUAUCAAGCCUCAACCUGCAAUCGGUACAGACUGGUACUCUAGUGUUUACCCGGGAAUUAGUACGGACGUGAUCAAUCAAACGUCUCCUCUGACUGCCGAGUAUUGGAACGACAAUAUGGUGAAUCCCGUCAUGUUCUACCAGGCCGUCUCAAACGCGCUUUCCAUGAACGACGCUCCGCCCGAUCUUAUUGUGGAAGUCGGGCCACACCAUGCCCUCAAGGGACCAGUGCGACAGAUCAUCGCAGAACUAUUCCCUUCAGCGCCAGAUACUCCCUACCUGGCCCCUUGUAGUCGCAACUCGAGCGGCCUACAGGCUUUAGCCUCCGUUGUCGGAUCUAUCUGGUGUGCUCUAGGACCUGGGGCGGUUGAUUUGACGAGCUAUCUCCGACUAUUUGAUAGCACAUCCCAAUUGCCGAAUCAACCAAAUCCCCUAAAAGGACUCCCCACCUAUCCAUUCGAUCACACGAGAUCAUAUCUCUUCGAAUCGCGCAUAUUGGCUCGUCACCUACGACACCGUGGUAUUCCACAUCCGCUUCUCGGCACGCUGGAGCCGGAGAGUGCCGAUGGAGAAUGGCGCUGGCGCCACUAUCUGAGACAGAAGAACCUGGAGUGGCUCCGUGGGCACCAAAUUCAAUCGCAGAUUGUGUUCCCGACGACAGGAUAUGUUGUCAUGGCCAUUGAGGCUUCUCGUCUACUCAGCAGUCGUGCUUUGCAGCUGAUUAAACUUGACGAUUUCAUCAUCCAUCAAGCCAUUGUUUUCCCCGAUGAUGAAUACGCUGGCGUUGAGACGCUUUUCAGAAUUUGCAAUGCGACUGUCAAUGACAAAACCACGGUUGCCAAAUUUUAUAUUCAUGCUAGCACAGGUGAUAAGAUGCAGAUGCGUGUCUCCGGUAGAUUGACGGUGACGUGGGGCGAGUCUGAACCUGACAUAUUGACACCGUUGAAUGACCCAGCAGCUUCCAUUAAAAUGGCUUCUAUCAAUAUAAAUGACUUCUAUCAAUUCCUAUCCAAGAUUGGAUAUGGCUACACCGGUCAUUUCCAAGGUGUCUGUUGGUUGUCAAGGGCAAAAGACAUAUCCCGUGGCGAGGUAAAAAAUGUCCGUCAUCCAAGCCACAGGUUUCUAUUGCACCCUGCAGUCUUGGAUUGUGCCUUGCAGACUGUGUUUGGUGCCCUUGGAUCUCCAGGUGACGGCGAGCUUUAUACUAUUCUCGUCCCAACUCAAAUCAAGUCAAUUAUCGUGAAUCCUGCCGUCGCUUGCGGCGUAGCUGGUGAUGAUACACUCCUCUCCGAUGCUGUCAUUACAAAUCUCGAUGCACAUGACAUUUCUGGAGACGUGGGAAUUUUCACGAAGGAGAGAUCAGGAAUCAUUCAAAUGGAAGGCAUCAAGAUUUCCCCUUUGCUCCAGCCUCAUAAAAAGCGUCUCCUUUUCUCUGAGCUUGUCUGGGGUCCUUUGACACCGGAAUCAACGUCCUACCCGGAGCCUGUGGGAUUCUCUACUGAGGCACUAGUGGCGGAACGAAUUGCACUGGUAUAUAUUAAGCGAGCUCAAGCCCUUUUGACCCAAGAUGACCGACGAAACUUUGACCGGCAUCGUUCCCGGCUGGCCAGAUGGAUCGAUCACAUACUGUCUGUGACUGAAACUGGGCAACACUCCAUUUUGCCGGCGAAAUGGCUAUCCACCACGCAAGAGGAGUUUGAUCACUUGUUAUCGAUUACUUCGGGGACCAUUAUGGACGAGGCCGCCAAUGUGGUUGGGCCAAAUUUGUACCGCUUCUUCCGAGGCGAAACCUCGAUCUUAGAAGAGCUUCGGAAGGAUGACAUCCUCACCCGAUUCUAUCGACAUGAUAUGGAAAUGGGGAUCAUGAAUUCCCGGUUGGGCGAGCUUGUCGGGCAGGUUGCCUUCCGAUUCCCACGGAUGAAAAUCCUGGAGAUUGGAGCUGGGACAGGCUCCGCCACCCAUUCCAUCCUGGAAAAUAUCGGUCGCUCCUAUCACUCGUAUACCUUCACUGACAUCUCCGUGGCCUUUUUCGAGGAGGCAAAGUCUGACUUCUCAGCACAUGCAGACCGCUUUAUCUUCUCGCCGUUGAACAUUGAGCUCGACCCUACUCAUCAGAAUUUCAAGGAAGGCGCCUACGACCUAGUUGUUGCGGCCAAUUGCCUCCAUGCCACGAGAUCGAUGACUGAGACGAUGACCCAUGUGCGUCGCUUGCUCAAACCCGGCGGGUAUCUAUUUAUGCUAGAGAUCACGAAUACCAAUGCCAUUCGUACUACGUUCCUCAUGGGUGGAAUUGAGGGAUGGUGGGCUGGUGAAGAGGAUGGCCGUGUCUGGGGUCCCAUGCUCGACAUUCCAAGCUGGGAGAAGGUCUUGCGACAGACAGGAUUCGGGGGGGUUGAUUUGCGUGAUGGUCUCGGGGAUCCUAAACUCUGUUUAUAUGACGUUAUUAUCUCACAGGCUGUUGAUGAUCAAAUUCGUCUACUUCGUGAGCCCUUAGCGACACCUCUUCACGAAUCUCUCUUCCAGCAGGCGAAUGAUCUGCUUAUUGUCGGUGGUUCGACAAGAAGAACAUCAUCUCUUGUUAGUCGAAUCUCCGAUAUUUUGAAACCUCGCUUUUGCAAAAUUAUUGCGGCACCUACGCUCGAGUUACUGGCCUUAGAUGAUGCAUCCCAGUUAACGGUGUUAAGCCUGGUCGAUAUGGACAGGCCGUGCUUCAAAGAUCUCACUCGAUCCCGCCUCCAAGCGCUUCAACAACUAAUUCCCGUCACGAAAAAGCUUCUUUGGGUGACGUCUGGCGCAGAGAGCGAAUGCCCAUACCUGGGAAUGAGCAAAGGGUGGCUGAGAUCACUUGCGUACGAGCGCAAGGACUCCCUCCACCAGUAUCUCAAUAUUGAAAGCCCAGCUUCUGACGAAGUAGAGCUGCUAACUACCACUCUCAUGCGCUUGGUCUAUACUAAAAAUGUCAAUGAUCAUACCUUGCCUAGCCAUGUUUAUGUGACCGAACACGAGCUAUACUUCAAGAAUGGCACUAUGCAGAUUUGCCGUCUUCGAAAUGAGGAAGCCAUGAACCAACGUUAUCUCUCGGCAAGGAGUUACGUAUCCAAAAAGGUUGAACCAACGGACCCACGCUCAAUUUUACGUGUCGCUCCUGUUACAGAAGAUCGCUAUGAGCUGCAUGUGGGGGAACGACAACAUGGGCCUGUAGCUCAGGAAAGGAAGGGGUCUGUCCGCGUGCGUGCUCUGUAUUCAACUGUCAGGGCAAUACCUAUAGAGGACAGUUUACUCCAUCUGCUCAUCGGGGAAGAAGAAAAUACGGGUGUUCUGCUGGUUGCUUUAACUGACCGACAUGAAAACCGCAUACAGAUCCCAACAGCCUGGACGUGUCAGGUUCCCGAUGAAAUAUUGCCUGAGAUUGAACGGGGCCAAGGGGGUGCAUUCCUCAAGACACUCGCCGAUGUUUUGUUAGCUGGCUGGCUCGUGGAUCAGAGCGCUCCGGACUCUACAUUGCUCGUUCAUGAAGCUAGCCUAGUCCUUCACAACGCAAUCUGGAACCAGGCAAUGGGCAAGAAUAUCACCCCGUUGUUUACAACCAGCAACCCUGCUUCUAGAACCCUGAAUACCACGCUUUUACACCCGAGGACGUCAGCACGUUUGCUGGAGAGGCUAUUGCCGCAGAAUGUGUCUGUUGCUGCCUCCUUCGAAAGAGACCCAGUACCAGAUGGCAUCUUCGCCCGAAUUGAGGACCUACUACCAAGGACUACCAUCAGAAAAUGUCUAAAAAGCCUCUACCAAUCCUCCCCAUGUCUCCCACCCGAUCCGGAUGAUGGACAGCUUAACAAUCUUCUCAGGAGUUCCUGUGCCAUGGCGGCUCGGCUGCUGGACAGCAAACGGCCGGACGAGCUAGUGAGCAUUGACUCUAUUGCAGGAUGUCUUAUUCAUCCGGAUCAAGUGCUUGACUGGAGGCCGAGCUCGUCUCAUCUAAUGGCUCAAAUUGAGCCUGCUACAUCCCUCAUUGAAUUAUCUAGAACCAAGACCUAUCUUCUAGCUGGCAUGACAGGAGACCUUGGACGGUCCCUGUGCUACUGGAUGGUUAGCAAAGGGGCCCGGCAUAUUGUUCUCACGAGUAGAAACCCGAAUAUUGACCCACAAUGGAUCGAGGAGAUGGCGCAACAAGGAGCACGGGUGUUAUCAAUGUCCAUGGACCUUGCAGAUCGGGAAUCAGUCAUUCAAGUCUACCGCAGUAUCCAACAAAAGCGAUUCCCCCCAAUAGGAGGAGUGGUAAAUGGAGCCCUCUCUCUCGAAGAUCAUUUGUUCGAAGAGACAACCCUGGAAGUUUUGCAGGCCACGUUCGCACCCAAAGUCCAAGGUAGCCUCCUCCUGGACGAGCUUUCAGGACCGAACACAAAUCUAGAAUUCUUCAUCCUCUUUGGCUCCAUAACCGGCGUUGUCGGCAACUUCAAACAAACCGCGUACUCCAUUGCUACGGGGUUCCAAUCAUCACUAAUUCGCAGGCGUCGAGCCAGCGGUCUCGUCGGCAGCAUCGUUCAUCCCGGCCUCAUCAGUGGAGUGGGCUAUAUAACGCGUAAGGGGAGCAGGUGGGUCGAACAUGUCCAAAAGACAACAGGUUCACUCCUCCUAUCUGAGCGCGAUCUGCACAAGCUGUUCGCCGAAGCCAUUCUCGCCGGCCAUCCAAAGUCGAACCGAAAUCCCGAGAUCGUAAUCGGCAUACGGUUGAUCAACCCAGCCGAGAACCCGGAUAUCUUUUGGUAUGGGAACACUCUCACGUGGGAUUUCAUCGAUUAUGCAUCCAAAGCUGCAUCGCAGCUGUUGGGGACAAAUGCUUCAGACUCAAUAAAUGUUCUCCUGGAGUCUGCCAAGCGAAUGGAGGAAGUACAAGAGAUUGUCUCUGCUGCAUUGAUUGCUAAAGUACGAAGUAAAUUCAGUCUUGCAGCGGAUGUUCCCAUUACGCCCGGAACACAGUUGACCGAUCUUGGUCUUGACUCUCUUGUUGCGGUUGAUCUCAGAACUUGGUUUGCGAGAGAGUUGGCGGUGGAUAUACCCUUACUGCAAAUUAUGGGCGGUGCCUCGAUUGAGCAACUCACUGUGGCUGCCGUUUCGAAUCUAUCGGCUAGUGAAUUCCCGCAUGCUCACGCCUUGAGGGAGAAAGGAAUGAAGAAAAUUGAGCAAAAUGGAGAAUGA